GUCACAGAGGGUUAUAUACAGCCCCCAAUAACUUACCAAGGUUUAUGGGCUCUGGGUUUGACCCUCUGUGGAUGCUGCCAUCUCUUCCUGUCCCUGUAUUUUCUUUGUUUACUCCUUCUUUUCCUUCGGACUGGAAUCAUGACUUUCAGACACUCAGGUGCCAGGAGUUAUCUCAGCUCCACCAUGACUGAUCGCUUCGACUGCUACUACUGCCGGGACAACCUGCACGGGAAGAAGUAUGUGAAGAAGGACGAAAAGCACGUGUGCACCAAGUGCUUUGAUAAGCUCUGUGCCAACACCUGUGCAGAGUGCAAACGCCCCAUUGGCGCUGAUGCCAAGGAGCUGCACCAUAAGAACCGCUACUGGCAUGAGGACUGUUUCCGCUGUGCCAAGUGCUACAAGCCGCUGGCCAGCGAGCCCUUCAGUGCCCGGGAUGAUGGCAAGAUAAUGUGUGGCAAGUGUGGCUCCCGGGAGGAUGGCAACCGAUGCCAGGGCUGCUACAAGGUGGUCAUGCCAGGAUCCCAAAACGUGGAGUACAAGAACAAGGUUUGGCACGAAGAGUGCUUCACCUGCUUUGAAUGCAAGCAGCCGAUCCGCACACAGAGCUUCCUGACCAAGGGUGAUGACAUCUACUGUUCUCCCUGCCAUGACAAGAAGUUUGCCAAGAAGUGCUUCCACUGCAAGCAGCCCAUCUCUUCUGGAGGGAUCAGCUACCAGGACCAGCCCUGGCACUCCGAGUGUUUUGUGUGCCACACCUGCCGUAAGACUCUGGCAGGAGCUCGCUUCACUUCACACGAAAACAAAGUUUACUGCGUGGACUGCUUCAAGACCGAUGUGGCCAAGAAGUGCCAUGGAUGCAAGAACCCAAUCACAGGGUUUGGCCAUGGCACCAACGUGGUGAACUAUGAGGGAUACUCCUGGCAUGAGUAUUGCUUCAACUGCAAGAAGUGCUGCCUCUCGCUGGCCAAUAAGCGCUUUGUCAUCAAUGGCGAUCACAUCCACUGCCCCGACUGUGCUAAGAAGUUGUGAACUGCACAAUUAGUUGUGCAUAAGAAUACCUGUUUGAAGAAGAAUUGCACCAACAUUGACUUUAAGACUGUUAAUUAGCAAAAAAAUAAUUGCUGAGUGAAAUUGAGGCCUCAACAGAAAUUAUAUUCAAUUUCUGAAUUAGCAUAAAAAAUGUCAAUUUUGGUGAAACUCUUUACAAGGUUGACAGGCUGUAGAGGUUAUAUCAACUAAAGAUGCACAAGCUUAACUCAUUUAUCUACUUAUACAUUAUUGCAACUUAUUUCAGUGUUGGAUACUAACAUGGCAGCAGAAUUUUUGUGGGAUUGUGAUGUGCACUAUUAGUCUAAUCUAAUGCAGAUUUAUUGCAGUUUUAGGAGACAAAAGCGUUUUUAGUGCCUUACUGGAAUAUUUCAGAGAAUAAUAUGCUUUUACUUGCAUAGUGCUGCUUAUACAUACGAGCUUUAAUUAAUCAUCAGUUACGUUCACGAAUUAUCAGAAUUUAAAAAAAUGUUUAGAGUGACUUUUAAAGUAGGUCUUUGAGAUUCAUGCUGAAAUAUAAACUGCUCGUGUAAUCAAGACUUUGAGUGAAGUCAAAUGUAAAACAAGAAUAAAAGGAGGAAGUGA